AUGCCUCCUGCAACUAUGCGUGCUGUUGUCCUGAAAGGGCCCUACGAGGUCGCUGUUGAAGACCGACCGUAUCCUAACAUCUGGGAGCCAACUGAUGCCAUUUUGAAGGUGUCGUCCACAGCACUAUGUGGUUCUGAUUUGCACUUCUAUCGCGGUCACUUGAAAUGUCCCGCCGGUUUCGUGUGUGGCCAUGAGUUUGUCGGUACUGUCGUCGAAAAGGGAGAAUCUGUUCAAGACCUCGCCCUUGGGGACCAGGUUGUUGUUCCAUUUUUUACUUCUUGCCAGGAGUGCUAUUACUGUGUGCGCGGCCAAGCAAGUCGAUGCGCAAAGGGUGAGCUUUUUGGGAACUCGACACCAACCAAUACAAUCGACGGUGGGCAAGCUGAAUAUGUCAGAGUGCCCUUGGCACAGACAACCUGUGUUAGAACGCCUAGAGGCGUUCCCGAGGACCUCCUUGUUCUCAUGGCAGAUAUCUUUCCAACCGGAUAUUUCGCUGCGUCACGCUUCUUGAAGAAUCUUGAGCCGCGCGAUCGAGAGCAGUUCACUACUGUAGUCAUUGGUUGCGGCCCCGUGGGUCUCUGUACGAUCGCAUGUGCGCUCAGCAUGGUCAAAACCGUAUACGCAAUCGACUCUGUUCCGGAGCGACUCGCAGAAGCCGAGAAGCUAGGCGCUAUCCCAAUCAACUUGAAUGAUGAUCCCCUGAGCAAGAUCAAAGCGGCUUCCGGAGAUCGCGGGGCAGAUGUGGUGAUAGAAGUCGUUGGGCAUACGGACGCUUUCAUGCUCGCUUUCGAUAUGAUCAGACCGUGGGGCCAGAUCAGUUCCGUCGGUAUCCAUACGGAGCAGAUUUCUCUGAACGGUCUGCUAUGCUAUGGUAAGAACGUCACCAUGGCCUUUGGCCGAUGUCCUGUGCGCAGUGUCUUUGACGAAGCAUUGAGGCUGUUCCAGGAGAUUCAUCCCAAGGUUUCCUUCUUAGGUGGCAAGACAAUGGCGCUCGAAGAUGCACCACAGGCGUAUAAGGACUUUGAAGCGCGGAGAACUAACAAGGUAGUUUUUAAGAUGGAUGCUUAG